CACAGGAAGAGAGUCGUGUAGGAAAAAAGAAACGGGACGCCCUCCCUCUCUCCCUCCCUCCUUCCCUCCCUCCUCUUCCUCCUCCUCCUCUUCCUCCUCUCUUGGCGGAUAACGGUGUCUAAGAAGUUAUUCAGGAGCGACGCAGACAAUAGUCUAUCUUGCGGGCUUUGGGACGCGUCCAUCACUUCUUAUUAAUGCUGUCCGCGUCCCUACUGUGCCACUCACACAGGAAAACACUCGGCUGAAAUCAGAUCAUGGACGAUUUGGGAGUGCCUGAGCCACCUAACUACCCGCUCAGUCCUCGUAUUGUUGUGUUUGAUGCCCUCCUUGCUGAUCUCGAGAACACCGGCUCUCCUUUAGCUCGGUGUCCUGUCCUGCUCACCUCUGACCCUCCGAAAAAUGCUGACCCUGCAACCCAGGAGCCCGCCCAAACCAGGCCACCGCCGCCUGCCUACACCCCACAGCAGGUAGACAACAAGCUCCCAGGGACGGUUUCUGCUGCCAUGAAAUCUUCUCAGAACUCCAACCCAGACAAAUUAUACAGCACAGUGUGUAAACCGCGCUCUCCCCGCACGGCAGAUCCUCCUCCAGCCUUCUCCUCCUCCUCGCUGCUGGGAGGAGGUCUGAGUGAGCUGGACCAUCUGUUACAGGAGCUGAACGCCACCCAGUUCAACAUCACAGAUGAAAUCCUGGCCCAGUUCCCUUCUUCUAAGAAAGAUGAGAGGGACAAGAUCAAGGAUAAAGCCACGACCUCCUCCUCCAGCUCUGUGAAGCCCUCGGCAACAUCCGCCACACUGGAACUGGACAAACUGAUGGCGUCUCUGUCAGACUUCAGAGUCCAGAGCACACCAGCUGCGCCCGUCAAUCCAGUGGUGACAGCACCACAGCAGCCCGCCCCCCCAGCACAGCCCUCAUCUGGCGGCUCAUUGGACAGCAUGCUGGGGCUGCUUCAGUCAGACCUGAGCCGACAAGGAGUUCAAACAUCCUCCAAAGGAAACUGUUCGGCUUGUCAAAAGCCAGUAGUGGGACAGGUGGUAACAGCUCUUGGGAAGGUGUGGCACCCAGAGCACUUUGUGUGCACUGAGUGCGAGACAGAGUUAGGCAGUCGCAACUUCUUCGAGAAGGAUGGACGGCCGUACUGCGAGUCGGACUACUUCACCCUCUUCUCCCCUCACUGCGCGCAAUGCAACAAGCCCAUCCUAAAUAAAAUGGUCACCGCUCUGGAUAAGAACUGGCACCCAGAGUGUUUCUGCUGCGUCAAGUGCAGCCGGGCGUUUGGAGAGGAAGGUUUCCAUGACCGUGAGGGCCAGCAGUACUGCCAGCAGUGCUUUUUGACUCUGUUUGCUUCCCGCUGUCAAGGCUGCAGCCAGCCCAUCCUGGAAAACUACAUCUCGGCUCUCAAUUCUCUCUGGCACCCACAGUGCUUCGUAUGUAGGGAGUGCUACAGCCCCUUUGUGAACGGCAGCUUCUUCGAACACGAGGGUCAGCCGCUGUGCGAGGCCCACUACCACCAGUCCCGCGGCAGCAUGUGUCAGGCCUGCCAGCAGCCGAUCCUGGGCCGCUGCGUCACCGCCAUGGGGGCCAAAUUCCACCCGCACCACCUCGUGUGUCACUUCUGCCUGAAGCCGCUGAGCAAAGGCUGCUUCAAGGAGCAGGAGAACAAGCCGUACUGCCACCCCUGCUUCAUCAAACUGUUUGGUUGAGGACACAGCAGGACUUUGCCUCCCCCUCCUCCUCUGGGUCACCAAGUGAAGAAGCUGUAUGACUCUGAGUUCUCAAUUUGUUUGUUUUUGUACUGCAGGAAUGAGGGUGGAGCUGGUCUCUUUCUUGGUUUUAAGAAAAUUUGAGUUGAUACAGGGAGGGGAAUAAAAAGAGAAUCAUCCGACCUGAUUACUUUCUGUUUAUUUCACAAUAAAAGUGGACUGCAGUUUGACUGGCAGCGUGAAAUAUAACUCUUGCAUUGGUUAGACAGAUACAAAAAGAUGCCAAAUGUCAUGUAUGUGACUCUUUUACAUACUGUAUUGAUUCAAAUUGAAUAUCGAAAAUUGAAUUCUUUUGCCAAAGGUAGAAAAUAAACAGUAAAUUCAGAGCAGAUUUACUGUUUCAGUGAAGGACUUGUACCAUUGUGCAAAAAAAUCCCCUUUAAUAUAUUUGCUUUAUAUUGCAAAAAGUAUAAGUGCCACUGCAAUUGCAUUCAUAUACUGUCUGCUGACUGCUAUAUACUGUAUGUUUUGUGUAAGCUCUCAUAUGUUUAAUGUCAGAUAUUUGUCAUUAUUCUCUCACCAUUGCUCCAUGCAAUAUGCCAAAAACAAUUCCAAAGAAUAAAAUAAAGGAGAA